AUAUACGUAUGCUGAUCCUUUUCUCCUUUACUAUUAUCUUCUCGGGCUCAGAAAAUUUUCCUGAAUUUUCUCAAUCUCUGAUUUUCGCCCAAUCAGAACUGUCAGACCUGGCAUCAGGGGGACGCGGUUCGUGAUUUAUCGUGAUUUGUGCUGACUUAAGAGCUGUUUCUGGAAGUCAAGAUCUUGUGAUCAGUUUCAAUAUUUGUGAACCCUUCAUUAUCUUUAUUGCAGUUUGAAAGUUGAAUAGCUGUAUAUUAUUCAGCUCAACUGUUCAAAAUUGGGAUUAGAGUUUAUUUAUUUGUAAAUUUUGGGGAUUUUAAGUGUUUGGUUGGUAGAAUUAGUAGAUUAUUGAAUUGUGCUUGUGGGUGUUCUGGGUGAAGUGCUGCAAUUUUCCAUUGAUUGAUCGAUCAAUCGAGUUAAUUAGAAUCUGAUGAGACGCCGCACGGCGUUGAAUUGCCAUUCAGAGCCCACGGACAAAGGAACGGGCAAGCAUCAACCAAACAGGGUAUGUCUUUUAGCUUCAUUGUCCGCGUUCUUUUGGAUUCUGUUGUUAUACUUUCAUUUUGCAGUACUUGGAAGUAAUACUGCUAAUGAAUCUGUCCAUAUUGUCAAUACCCGUGUUACUGAACCCCAUAAAGAAGCCAGCAACGUUGUUGAUAAUAAAUCUACCCAAAUUCAAUCCAAUCCCGUUAUCCCAGAUCCUGUUCCUUCCCAUUUAACCUAUCCUGGAGUUCAAGAACCUGGUACGAAAGCCACUGAUGAUGGUAAUCAUGAAAAGAAGAAUUAUCCAUUUAUCAGGGCAUUGAAAACAGUUGAGAACAAGAGCGAUCCUUGUGGAGGUAGGUACAUUUAUGUGCAUGAUCUUCCUCCGAGGUUUAAUGAGGAUAUGCUUAAGGAGUGUAGAAGAUUGAGUCUUUGGACCAAUAUGUGUAAGUUCAUGAAAAAUGCUGGACUAGGGCCUCCGCUUGAGAAUGUUGAGGGGGUUUUUUCCAAUACUGGGUGGUAUGCCACUAAUCAGUUUGCAGUUGAUGUGAUAUUCAGUAACCGGAUGAAGCAGUAUGAUUGCUUGACCAAUGAUUCUUCCAUUGCUGCAGCUAUUUUUGUGCCAUUUUAUGCUGGAUUUGAUAUUGCUAGGUAUCUUUGGGGGUAUAAUGUAUCAACAAGAGAUGCUGCUUCGCUUGAUUUGGUUGAUUGGCUAAUGAAGAGGCCUGAGUGGGGUAUAACGGGUGGGAGGGAUCAUUUUUUGGUGGCAGGGAGGAUAACAUGGGAUUUCAGGAGAUUAACAGAUGAAGAAACAGAUUGGGGGAAUAAGCUUCUGUUUCUCCCAGCUGCAAAGAAUAUGUCCAUGCUUGUGGUCGAAUCAAGUCCCUGGAAUGCAAACGAUUUUGGCAUUCCUUAUCCGACGUACUUCCAUCCAGCUAAAGAUGCUGAUGUUUUUAUUUGGCAAGACAGGAUGAGGAAAUUGGAGAGGAAGUGGCUUUUUUCUUUUGCUGGUGCUCCACGUCCUGACAAUCCCAAGUCAAUCAGAGGGCAGAUCAUUGACCAGUGUAAGAGUUUGAAGGCAUGCAAACUACUGGAAUGUGAUUUUGGGGAGAGCAAGUGUCAUUCUCCAAGCAGCAUAAUGCAGAUGUUUCAAAGCUCCCUCUUCUGCCUGCAACCUCAAGGAGAUUCUUACACAAGAAGGUCUGCCUUUGACUCAAUGUUGGCGGGUUGCAUACCUGUCUUCUUCCAUCCAGGUUCUGCUUACACACAAUAUACAUGGCAUCUUCCAAAGAACUAUUCUACAUACUCAGUUUUCAUUCCAGAGGAUGACAUCCGAAAGAGAAAUAUUAGCAUAGAGGAAAGGCUGAGACAAAUUUCUCCUGAGCAGGUUAAGAUCAUGAGGGAGACUGUUAUAAAGCUCAUCCCAGGGUUGAUUUAUGCAGAUCCUCGCUCAAAAUUGGAGACUCUUAAAGAUUCUUUUGAUGUUGCUGUGCAAGCAGUCAUUGACAAAGUUACAAGGUUGAGGAGAAAUAUCAUUGAAGGUCGUACAGAAUAUGAUAAUUUUGUGGAGGAGAAUGCAUGGAAAUAUGCUUUGCUAGAUGAAGGGCAACGUGAGGUUGGAGGUCAUGAGUGGGAUCCUUUCUUCUCAAAACCAAAGAAGGAUGAUAAUGGUGAGGCUGAUGGUUCAUCAGCAGAAGCUGCAAAAAAUUCUUGGAAAAAUGAGCAAAGAGAUCAAUCAGGGUAGCAGUUGAUAAUAUAGCAAACCUUGAGUCAGGUAGGUUUUAGCACUUGCUAUGAAAUCAUUGUAUAAACUGCCACCAAAUUUAGGCCAUGCUCCAUGUUUUGGACCAGAGUAUACACAUUUUCUUCUUGCAAUACAAUUUUUACUAUAGAAUCUCUUACA